AUGAAGACCUGUUGCAGCGAAGACGAGAGUAAUCAGGUAUCGUCAGGGGAAGAAGCUCGACUACAUGAGGAUCUCUCAAGCUCUUUAGAGGACCUUGUUGGUAAUUUUGAUGAAAGAAUAAGUUCAUGUUUAAAGAACCCCGAUGUGAAUACUGAGGAUAUCGCUCCAGUUCAAGUACGAUCACAGGAUGAAAUAAUGGCUGAGAGCCAGACCUGGUGGACGUUGACUUGCAGUUUUGGAAACAUUCAACCACUCGAUUUUGAUAAGUCGGCGAUUCGACGUCGUAUGAUGCCGGCAUUGGAUCUGAAGGAGAGAAAGGUCCUUAUCUUACCAGUUAUUACAGCUCGUAUGGAUAUGCACCAGCUUGUCGCACAUGGUUCCAUCAGCAGCGAUUCACCUCCGCAGACCGCCGACCAGGUCAUCGAGGAAAUCGACGAAAUGCUUCAGUCAUGUGACUUUACCGGUUCGAUGAUGACUGAUCGAACAAUGGAAUCCGUCGACAGUAUGUACUCAUCAAUGAGAUCACCAUUGCCAUCUGGGCCACUGAGUGAAGCUGAUAUGAAACUACGCCAAACACAGGCAUUCGCUGCCAAUCCUGAAAGUACGUUCUGCAGAAUGUCUACUUUAAACUAUGGUUAG